AUGCGGAUCUUCCUGAUACUAUACGUACUGCUACUAGGUAAAACAUAUAGUUUGGUGGAUUCGCAAGGACCCAGGGAAGAGGUCAAAGAUGUUACUCUCAAUCUCUCUUCUCCAGAUUCUUCCUUCAUAAAUGUAUUCACUAGAAGACCUUAUGAGCUGUUUCAGACGAUACAUCUAGCCAGGAAUGGUUUUGAGAUAACGUCGAUAGUGGAUGAUAGGACAGUUCUCUGGAAGAAGAAUAAGGAUGGAAACCAUUGCACUCAUGUAACAGUUUUAACAGAUGAAACUACUCAUACCAACAUUUACUUAAAGGAUGGAGAGGGUGUAAGGAACUGCUUCUACCUCGAGAAGAGUGGUGGAGAAUGGAAACAGACUACCGGGAAGGAGUUCUACAGCCGACUCCACUCAAUGGUCAAGAGGAAUGAAGACGUUGAUCACGUAACUUUGGACAUUAGUAAAACUCAGGAUCCGAGAGUAUUCUACGUCAACAAGACGUCAGACUUUCCCUUUGCAGUAUACGCUGCCAAUAGUAAAUGCAGGAUCAAAAAGAUAAAGAAUGGAUGGACUACCACGAUUUGGAAGGACAGGGCCAAGAAUAAGGGCUGCAUGUAUGUCUCAUUCUAUCCUAGAAAGGAUCCAAAGUGGGCUUACCUACUCUUUCUAAAUUCGGAUGGUUUCAGGGAGGAGUUUCUGGGUGAGACCAAGAGUGCAUGUCGCAAUAGUUGGAAGGCCAUUACGAGGGGAGAGUAUCUGGAGGGAAUAAGGAAAGCUGGCUUCGAUGAGUCUACUUUCAAUAACAACAUAACAAUGGAUCUCUCAAGACCAAGUGAUUCAUUCCACACACACUCUUACAUUGCCGGCAGCUGUUCAGAACGAUUAUUUACUCCACUUCCAGGUCUUCUUCUCACCAGUGUUAUAGAUGGCAGGAAUGCAGUAUGGACGGCAAAGGACGGAGAGUAUUGCACCUAUGCCAAUGUCUACCAUUAUAAUAACAAACCACUUGCUGGGUUCCUGUUGGUCAAAGACAACCAGGGCAAGCGGAAGGUUUUAUACUUUGCCAAGAGCGGUGCUGAGUGGAUUAGUGUAGACAAAGAGGGCUACUUUUCCGUAACUUCCGGUAAUGACCCUCUGGCUCCACCCAAAGAGGUUGUCCAUGAAUUGACCAUGAGUAGUUUUAAGAAUCGGCAAGGCCUCAGACUCACAAGUUAUGCCUCUAGAGUAGAGAAUGCCAAGGGAGACUUCGUGUUGGCCCAUGGACUUUCAUCUCUUUUCAUGUUUACAUUCUGUAGAAAGUACUAUGAGUGGAAUUGCAAGACAUUUGGAACUCCCCUCUCUCCGUAUUUAGGAGAACCAUUCAUUGGACGUGGUCUGCAAAAGGGAAGUAAUGUGGAAAAGUACGGACAUCUAUUUGAGCAUGCAAAGCUGGAAGGUAUGGAUGCAUUUGAAGCCUUUCCAAAGUACAAAUAUAACAACUGUUUUGUGGAAUUUCUAAACGGACUCGGUUACAAUGUAUAUGGCUAUGAUCUUCAAUCGCAUGGUCUCUCUGAAUCCGUCUCUGAAUUUAGAUGCAGUAUGGACGAUUUUAAAGACUAUGUCUAUGAUGUGCUUCAGUUUGUCAGUAUAGUGAAAAGAAGCAAAUUUGAUGACCCUAGCGAAACUUUUGAUGAGAGCAGCCUCUACGAGAACACUCCUACGGAUAAAAAGACAUUCUUGCUAGGAUUUUCAAUGGGAGGAAACAUUUCCAUGCGGGCUAUUCAGGAGUUUUACAAGCAUGCAAAAGAGGGAGCAAAAUCUGUAGACGGCCUAAUUGGUCUCUCGGCCAUGUUAAGCCUGGAACACUACGUAGCUACCUGGACAAAAUGGAUUAUGAUUCAAUUCUAUAAGCUUUAUGCAUGGUCAUUUCCAACUUGGGAGAAUUCACACGACAAGCUGAGUAGACACGGAGAAUCGUUUGGUAAUUUUACGAGACACAGUGACCCGUUCUUCCUGUCCACUAGAAUGUUAUUACACACAUCCAGACUUCUCUUUAGCGCUACAGAAGAUGCCAACAAGGAUGAGAAUAUGGCCCAUUAUCCAAAGGAUUUGCCGACACUAUUUUUACACACAAAGGAUGAUGCAACAUGCCAUGUCAACGGCCCACGAAGAAUGGUGAAGGAGCAUUUGGCAGGUACAUCAACUGCAAAAUUUGUAGAGUUGGAAGGCAGUUGUCACUAUAUAACUUCCUAUCAGUCGCUUUGUGCCGUGAUUCCACAUGUAAAGGAAUGGUUGAAUGAGCAUUCCUAG